CACACGGCCUCGCUUGGGAUCUUCCAGGCAGUAUAUGAGAAUUUGACGACCUUCAUCUUUUCGAAGUUCGACAACACGACGCAUUUCAAGUGAAUAUACUAAGAUCUACCAAAAUGAAGUACAUACUGGUAUCAGGAGGUAAUCAGGCGGAAUUCCUUGCCUCUCAUAGAAGUUUCAAACCCAAGUGUAGGCGUGGUGAGCGGCGUUGGGAAGGGUUUAAUCGCAUCCAGUACCGGGCUGCUCCUCAAAACCAAGGGUCUAAGCGUGACAAUGAUCAAAAUCGACCCCUACAUAAACGUCGAUGCAGGAACCAUGGCGCCCAGGGAGCAUGGAGAAGUCUUCGUGCUUGAUGAUGGCGGGGAGGUCGAUCUCGACUUAGGCAACUAUGAGCGCUAUCUGAACAUCACGCUGACUCGGGAGCAUAACAUCACUACUGGGAAAAUAUACCAGCAUGUCAUUGAAGCUGAACGCCGGGGCGUGUAUUUGGGCAAAACGGUCCAGAUCGCCCCGCAUCUUGUCGACGCGAUUGCGGACUGGAUAGAGCGCGUGGCGCAGAUACCUGUCGACGAUACGAAGGAAGCACCGGAUGUGUGCGUGAUCGAGCUUGGAGGUACGGCAGGCGACAUGGACAAUGCACCGUUCCUGGAAGCCUUGAGGCGCCUACGAGGGAGAGUCGGGGAAGAUCAGUGGACGCACAUUCUCGUCACUUUUGUGCCUGUGAUAAUGAAUGAAGAGCGAAGACCAAACCUACGCAGGCAGCUAUGCGAGAUGUGCUUUCUACAGGCCUGAAACCCGAUUUGAUUGCAUGCCGCUGUGAAGUUCUCCUCGCAAAAUCGACUAUAGACAAGGUUGCUUCGUCAUGCGAUGUGAAGGUAGCUAACAUCAUCGCCGUCCACAAUGUUCCGUCUACAUAUCACGUCCCUGCCCUGUUGGAAGACCAAGACCUGCUCCCAUCGAUCACCAAACUCCUCCGCCUUGAUCUCCUGGAGAAGACCCCACAACAGACCGCGAAUGGUGCCAAAAUAUGGAAAGAUUGGAAGGCCUUGACUGCACCCCGAAGCGAAAAUUGUAAAACCGUAACAAUCACCCUGGUCGGUAAAUACACCACCUUUAUGGACUCUUACGUAUCAGUUCUCAAGUCAUUGGAGCACUCCGUCAUGGCGUGGGAACACAAGCUUAACCUCGUUGCCGUCGAAGCCUCACACUUGGAAAAGCCCGCUGAGGAAUCCUCACAGGAAGACUAUGACCUAGCGUGGAGCAAAGUCUGCUCAGCAGACGGCAUCCUCGUUCCAGGUGGGUUCGGUGAGCGCGGUACAGAAGGCAUGAUCGCAACUGCAAAAUGGGCUAGGGAAAAUAAAACCCCGUACCUAGGAAUAUGCCUGGGCAUGCAAGUAGCUGUCAUUGAAUUCGCACGCCACAUGUGCAACAUCCCCGAAGCGGGCUCGAUCGAGCUCUCUGCGAACUGCCCAGACCCAAUUAUCAUCUUCAUGCCAGAGAUUGACAAGGAGACUAUGGGCGGCACAAUGAGACUUGGUAGCCGGCCGACUAUCUUCCAGGAAGGAAGCGAGUGGUCGAAAGUACGCAAAAUGUAUGAGGGGAAGGAAGUCAUCAGUGAGCGUCAUCGUCAUCGAUAUGAGGUUAAUCCCGAGUACAUUGAGCGUCUCGGUGCAGCUGGACUCCAUUUCAUUGGCAAGGACGACAAAAACGUCCGUAUGGAGGUGAUCGAGCUCAAAGACCAUCCUUGGUUUGUUGGUGUACAGUUCCAUCCCAAGUAUCUGUCGCGAGUCUUGCAGCCCAGUAAGCCGUAUUUGGGGUUUGUUUCGGCGGCAAUCGCAAAGCGGGUAGAAACAGAGGGUGUGAAGUUGGCAAUCCGGACAACAAACGGCGUUUGAAUGUGAGAAAACAAAAAUUGUCUGUAGUGCCCGGAGAUUUCAGUUUAGAUUUUAGUAUAGAUUCACUGUUCGAGGUUUGAUAUCCUGGCUGCCAGUGAUGUCCUGGUGUCGUAGAUCAAAAGUUCAUGUGAAACAUGAGCUGUGAUAUCAAGCUCAGCCGUGAUUCACCUCCAAUCACCGGGCACCAUAUCCUAGAAUAGUCCUCGUGUGCAAAGUAACC